GCCGCAGCCGCGCUCCCCCGGGGCACCAUGUCGGGGGGCACCACCGGCAGCGGCCCCCCGAGCCCCCGCUUCCUGGUGCCGCCGCCGCCGCCGCCCAAGAACGGUUCCAGCUCGGACAGCUCCGUCGGAGACAGGCUGGGAGCCGCCGAGCACGGAGCCUCCGGCGCCGGUGGAGCGGGCGGCGGGCCGGGGAACGGAGGCCGCAGCGAGGAGUACCGGCGCCGCCGCCACACCAUGGACAAGGACAGCCGAGGGGCGGCAGCCACCGAGCACCGCUUCUUCCGCCGGAGCGUGAUCUGCGACUCCAACGCCACGGCCUUGGAGCUGCCCAGCUUGCAGCCCGCAGCGCCCUCGGCCCCUGUCUCGGGAGGCAGCGCGGCUCCCUCGGUGUUCCCUCCCGAGGGGGCCGGCCGGGCCCCGUACGCCCCUGCGGCCGCCACCGAGGCCGACUCGCGGCCGCCGCCGCCCGCCCCGCUCCCCCUGGAAGGACAGGCUGCCGAGGAGCCCCCGGCCGCCAAGGAUGCCGCCCCGCUGCUGCCCAAGGAGGAGGAGGAGGGGGAUGAGGCAACUGCGCUACCCCCUACCAGCGCCGCCGGCAGCCUGUCAGCUGCCAGCCGGGAAUUUGAGGAGCGGAGGACGCAGCAGGAAGACAUCGAAGAGCUUGAGACCAAGGCGGUGGGCAUCUCCCCGGAUGGCCGCUUCCUGAAGUUUGACAUCGAGAUUGGAAGAGGCUCUUUCAAAACUGUGUAUAAAGGACUGGAUACUGAAACCACUGUGGAAGUUGCCUGGUGCGAGCUACAGGAUCGGAAGCUGUCCAAGUCAGAGCGACAAAGAUUUAAAGAGGAAGCUGGGAUGCUGAAAGGGCUUCAGCAUCCCAAUAUUGUCAGGUUCUAUGAUUCCUGGGAGUCUACAGUCAAAGGAAAAAAGUGUAUUGUUCUUGUGACAGAACUCAUGACGUCUGGAACAUUAAAAACGUAUUUGAAAAGAUUUAAAGUGAUGAAAAUCAAAGUACUACGAAGCUGGUGCCGUCAGAUACUGAAAGGCUUACAAUUUCUACACACACGCACUCCUCCCAUCAUUCAUAGAGACUUAAAAUGUGACAACAUCUUCAUUACUGGCCCCACUGGAUCAGUCAAGAUUGGAGACCUUGGUCUGGCAACCCUGAAACGAGCUUCUUUUGCCAAAAGUGUGAUAGGUACCCCAGAGUUCAUGGCCCCCGAGAUGUAUGAGGAGAAAUAUGAUGAGUCCGUUGAUGUAUAUGCUUUUGGGAUGUGUAUGCUAGAGAUGGCCACGUCUGAGUAUCCUUAUUCCGAGUGCCAAAAUGCCGCGCAGAUCUACCGCCGAGUGACCAGCGGUGUCAAGCCAGCCAGCUUUGAUAAAGUAGCAAUCCCUGAGGUGAAGGAGAUCAUUGAGGGAUGCAUUCGGCAAAACAAAGGCGAAAGAUAUGCUAUUAAGGACCUUUUAAAUCAUGCUUUCUUCCAAGAAGAGACUGGAGUACGGGUAGAACUUGCAGAGGAAGAUGAUGGAGAAAAAAUUGCCAUUAAACUCUGGCUGCGAAUUGAAGACAUCAAAAAACUCAAGGGCAAAUACAAAGAUAACGAAGCAAUAGAGUUUUCAUUUGAUUUGGAAAGAGAUGUCCCAGAGGAUGUAGCACAGGAAAUGGUGGAGUCUGGCUAUGUCUGUGAAGGGGAUCACAAGACAAUGGCGAAGGCUAUCAAGGACAGGGUAUCUUUGAUUAAGCGCAAGCGAGAGCAGCGCCAGUCGGUGCAAGAAGAACAGGAGAACAUACUUCAGGAAGAAGGUAGUCAGAAGCAGCAGCUGGAGCAACAGCAGCCAUCAAGUGCUUCCCAUGCAGGGUCAAAGCAUCCCCAGUCUGUCACUGGUACCACUCCUGUCCCCACUGCUUCAGCAUCGGUUUCUACACAAGUGGAGCCUGAAGAGCCGGAAGCUGACCAGCACCAACAGCUGCAGUUCCAGCAACCCAGUAUAUCUGUUCUUUCUGAUGGAACAGUUGACAGUGGCCAGGGGUCAUCUGUGUACACUGAAUCUGUGAGCAGUCAGCAGACUGUGUCCUAUGGUUCCCAGCAUGAGCAGUCAGUCUCGAGCACCGGAGUCCAGGGAUACCCAGCUUCAGUUGGCCAAGUGCAGUCCCAGCAGCACGGAGGAUUUCAGCCACCUGCAGCGCCUCAGCAUCCUCGUGGGGGAACACCACCGUUCCCAGAUUCACAGAUAUUUUUCCCAACCGUUCAUGAACGGCCGGUGUCUUUCUCACCACCACCUGUCUGCCCGCCGAAGGUGGCAAUUGCUCAGCGGCGCAAGAGCACUUCAUUUUUGGAAGCCCAAACUUGCCACUUCCAGCCAUUGCUGAAGACUGGCCAGAGUUUAGUUCCACCUGGGGGUAGUCCCACCAAUUGGACUCCAGAGGCAUUUGUUAUGCUGGGCACAGCAGCUCAGAGAGUCGCUGGAGAGCCUCUGCAUGUGCAAGUAAAUCCCGUGUUUGAGCAAGCUCCCGUCCACAGUGACUAUAGAUCUGGACCAACACCUCCAGAGGAUGCUCACUACAGGAUGCAUCCGGAAGCUGUGUAUUUGGUGGGCAUGCACUAUCCAUCACAGGUAUCGGAGCAGUUUGAUCAAGUAGCUCAUAACUCUCACGCGGCCGAACAGCAUUUGAAGCAGGUCUCUGAGUCAAACCAUGGGCGAGGUGGUCCUCCACAAAGCUCUGUGUUCGACUUCCAAUCGGGGCAAACAUUCCUGGCAAGACACAUUCAGAACCUGAGGCUGGAUUCUGGCAUGGGUCCCCUUUCUCCAUUAUGCAGUGUUUCGGCUCCCCUGAGCGCAGAGCCAGCCCAGAUGACGUUGCAGCAGGUAUUUGUUCCGCACUCGGCCCCGGCCGUGCUCUCUCACAGUGCUGACGGCAGGGCGAGCUGUGUCUUUGAGUUCCAUGUGCACGCUGCCGGCCCUGCCGCGGCUGAAGGGGCUUUGCCCCCGCGGGCCUACAGAAGUCGCCGGGGCUCUAUGGAGAGCAGCCAAGAGGAGUCCGCCCAAGGCAUAGGCUCGCACGGUCGGCUCCAGCCCGUGACAGAGGAGCACUGCAGCUAUCUUGGUGCUGGCCUAGCGGCUCCCAGAGCGGGCUCUGCCAGGCGCAGCUGGCCAGAAGGAAGCCCAGAGUACUCCAGUGAUUCCUCACAGCUGACUUCCUCUGACACUGGUGAUUUCCAGUCUCCUCCCCCUACAGGGGGAUCAUCUUCUGCUUUUGGUUCAGACUUCUCAUUGCCCAUUGUUCAGCUGCCUCAGAAGGUGUUGCAAGAGUCGCAGCUCUUCAUCUGCUUCCCCCAGGGCGCCUCAACUCAGCAGGCCUUGUCCACCUCGCUUUCAUCAGGACCACCUGCAUCCUAUCCUCAGACACAGGUGCAAGGCCAGCCAACCUCAAGCAAUGCAUCAGUGCCAUCCCAGCCUACUCAACACACUCAGAGUGCACAGCAGCCAGCCUCUUCCCAACAGCCUGGACAGUACCAGCUGCAGCAGCCCUCAGUUUCUGCCAGCUCCACUCCUGCACAAACUGUCUCUCAAACUCAGACUUCACAGAUCAUGCCAAUGCCUCAGGCAGCAGCUGGGUCACAGCUUCCUGUUUCCCAACCAGUGUCGAUCAUCCAAGGCGAGCCUCAAUUACCUGUUGCAGCAUCUUCUCUCCCUCAGCCUUCAGUUGCCCCAUCAGUCCCCAUUGGCUCUCAUUUUCUGCCCGUGGGACAGGCCUUGCCAGCUUCCGUGGUUCCCCAGUUCCCCGUGUCUCAGUUGCCUGUAGCAGCUCCUCACGUGACAGUGGCUCAGCCAGGUUUCCAGUCGCUGCCCAUUUCCAUGGCAGCUGGCAUCAGUCAGCCGCUGCUCCCGCUGCCCACGUCCGCAGCCGCUGUUCCUGUGGGAGCGAGCGCUGUCCCUAGCCAGCUGCCCAGCCUGAUGCAGCCUGUGGCUCAGCUGCCCAGCCAGGUUCUCCUGCAGCCGCCUGGCCAGGCCGUGGGAUUGCCAGUCAGCAUUGGACAAGCUGCUGAAGCCUCACUUCCUGCUGCAGAUGCUCUUUACCAGGGCUUCCCAUCUCGGCCGACACCGCAGUACGCGGGGGACUCGAACGCCGUGCCGUCCUCGGCUGCGGCCGCCGCCAGCAUUCCUGCUGCUGUGCUGUCCCCUCCCCUGCCCGCAGAGGCCAUGGCCCAGCCAGGCUACCUUGCUCCUGUUGGGCAGCCCUAUGGGGAGCAGAACGUUCUAGUUUCCAUGGGCAGCCUGGGAGGGCAGGUCCAGGUGCCCCAGCCUCCCGGGAGUUUGGCCCAACAGGCCUCAUCUGCCUCCUCCCAGCCGGCAGUGGUGGAGGGUACUCAGGGAGUCUCACAGACUGCUUCUUCAGAGACUCUGCCAGCAACACAGCCUGCUCAGUCCACCCCUUUGGCUUCUUCCAUGGAUAGUGCACAUUCUGAUGUUGCUUCAGGAUUGAGUGAUGGCAACGAGAAUGUCCCAGCCUCUAGUGGAAGGCACGAAGGGAGGACCACGAAACGUCACAUGCGGAGGUCUGUCCGCAGUCGCUCUCGCCAUGAGAAGACUUCUAGGCCGAAACUGAGAAUUCUAAAUGUUUCAAACAAAGGUGAUCGGGUAGUGGAAUGCCAGCUAGAGACACACAAUCGGAAAAUGGUUACUUUCAAAUUUGAUUUGGAUGGUGAUAACCCUGAGGAAAUAGCUACAAUUAUGGUGCAGAAUGAGUUUAUUUUAGCAACAGAGCGAGACUCAUUUGUAGAACAGGUACGAGAGAUUAUUGAGAAAGCAGAUGAAAUGCUCAGUGAGGACGCAAGCGUGGAGCCAGAGGGGGAUCAGGCCUUGGAGAGCAUGCGCACAAAAGAUGACGGCUUCUUCCCGGGGUCACAGAAAUUAGAGUUCAAACAGCCAGAUCCUACAUCUUCCAUGCCACAAAGAAUAGGGGUUCCCUCUAGCUCCUUUACCCAGGUUGUUCAUUCUGCGGGAAGACGCUUCAUUGUCAGCCCCGUCCCCGAGAGCCGGUUGAAAGAACAGGGCUUUUUCACAUCUGCUGUUGUUGGAGGAAGCGAAACUUCAGAUAUGGUUGCAGCAUCUCCUGUACAUGGUCCUGGAAUGAAUCUCUCCCACUCAGCAUCAUCACUGAGCUUGCAGCAAGCUUUCUCUGAGAUGGGGCACGCUCAGAUGACAGAAGGACCUAGCACAGCUCCUCCAGUGUUCAAUCAAACAAUACCACCGUUUCCACCUGCACUUUCUACCAUGGCGGGCAGCGCCGCAACUCCUGCAUCCGUGGCUACUUCUUCAGUAUCUGUUUCCUCCAGCACUGGGGUUUCUCUGCCAGGACCUGUUACUUUGCCUUCAGAAAAUGCAGCUGUUGGAGCUGCACCAAGCACAAGCGUGCCAAGCUCUAUUUCUCCACCUCCCGCCUCACAGUCCGCACAGCAAUCGACCGGCGUUGCUUCCAGCGUCAGCGCCCCCGCUUCUUUCUCCUUAUCUGCCACGUCCCAGCCUGCCCAAGCAGUGGCUGCAGACAUUGUCCCCAGCAUCAGCACACCAUCGUCCUCAGCACUGCCACCUGCCCAGCUUCCUGGUGCCACUGCCCUCGCUGCUGCCGCACCGGCUGUGACGUCUCAGUCCGCCCCCCAGAUUGUGAGCAGUAUGGCAGCACCACAGGCGUCUGUUGCCCUGUCUCUGGCUCAGAACGUGGCUUUGCAGCUUCCCCAGCUCAGCAGCAGCGGCUCUGUGUCCAGUCUGGCAGAAACAACAGUCGUAAGCGCUCCACAGUCGCUACCUGAGACCGGGCACUCUCUGGAUAAAUCUCAUCCCUGCAAUGCGGCUGGCUUAUCUCUGCCAAUCUCGGCACCUUUAUCAUCCUCCGUAGCAUCAAGCAUAUGUGGGUCAGUCUCUCAGCCGCUCAUCCAUCCCUUGCUUGUUCCAUCAGGAAUUACAUCAACACCUGUCCUACCCCAGAUUUCAGGUGCAACACCCAUGUUGCCCCAGGUUCCCUUGCCUGGUGUCUUGCCACAGCCAGUCACUAACUUGCCUGCAGUGCAGCAGACUUUGAUCCACAGCCAGCCUCAACCAGCUCCAUUGCCCAACCAGCCUCACGUUCACUGUCUGGAGGCAGAUGCUGAUGCUCAGUCUAAAGCCCCUGGUAUUGAUGAUAUCAAGACCCUGGAAGAAAAGCUGCGCUCUCUGUUCAGUGAGCACGGGAACGUGGGCACGGUGCACCCGUCGGUGUCCCUGGAGACCUCGCUGCUGAUGGAGACCACUGUAGUUCCUGGCAUCCCAACCACUGCAGUUGCACCAAGCAAACCCCUGACAUCCAUUAGCACUUGUAUACCUCCGAGCAGUUUGCCUCUUGGACCAACUGGCUUGCCAGUGCUGACUCCAGUUGCCACUCCUGGGCAGGUGAUCACCCCUGCCAGCUACAUCUCGGCCUCGAGCAGCAUCGCCACCGCCGCGGUGAAAGCGGGGACCUCUCCUUCCAAGGCCCCUCUCAGCAGGGUACCGGUGCUCCCAAUAGGUUCUGACCUUCCGGCUGGCACUCCAUCCAGUGAGCAGCUGCCACCCUUUCCAGGACCUUCACUAACUCAGUCCCAACAGCCACUGGAAGAUCUGGAUGCUCAGCUGAGAAGAACCCUUAGCCCAGAGACCGUCCCAGUGACAUCUGCUCCUGCCUGUUCUGUGCCCUCAGUAGCAUCAACAACGGUUACUGGGCCGGUGUCCGCAGCGACGCAGUGUCUGAAGGAUGGUGAUGGGGAGAGCAGUGCUGUGGCUGCUGCAGCAGGAGGCAGCGUGCUGAAGAUGGGCCGGUUUCAGGUAUCUGUGGCAGUGGAUGAUGUGCUAAAAGAGGGCGACAAACCUGAUGCUAAGCCAGUGCAAUUUGAAACCACCUCCAGUGAUUCUUCAAGCCUGUCUGGCAGCAGCCCGGAGAGCACGCUGGUGAAGCAGGCUGAGAGCCGGAAGAGCGGGGCUGUGGCUGCCAGCUCCCUGCCCGUGGUGGAUGGCAUGGUGGCUGCCAGCUCCAUGGAUGUGGUGGAUGGCAUGGUGGCUGCCAGCUCCCUGCCCGUGGUGGAUGGUGUUCCCGAGGCAGCUCCCGGGCUGCCGCUGCCGGGAGACGCCGCUCAGGCCACGCAGGUCGGGCGCUUCCAGGUGACCACGACGGCGGAUCAGGUGGGACGCUUCUCCGUGUCCAAGGCUCGGGAUGAGGUCAGCUGUGCCCAGAAAGAGCCAAUGACUCUUCCUCUCUCUGUGGGCUUGGAACAAGUUGCCUCUUCGGCUGCAGCUCCGAAGAAAGAGUUGGAGUCGAGGCGGUCCCCACACAUGAAUGGUCCGUCCUCUGAUCCGGAGGCCGCCUUUCUGAGCGGGAUGGCGAAGGAUUUGGAUGAUGGCUCAGGGAGCCCGGACUCUGUCCAGCACCUGGGAUCGAAGAUCAGCCUCCCCGUUCAGAGCCUUAGCAAUUCCUUCAACUCUUCCUACAUGAGCAGCGACAAUGAGUCGGAUAUUGAAGAUGAAGACUUGAAGUUGGAGCUGCGCCGGUUACGGGAGAAGCACCUUAAAGAGAUCCAGGAGCUGCAGAGCCGCCAGAAGCAGGAGAUUGAGUCCCUCUAUGUGAAGCUGGGAAAGGCCCCACCUGCAGUAAUUAUUCCCCCAGCUGCACCCCUGUCAGGGAGAAGGAGACGACCCACGAAAGGAAAAGGCAGCAAAUCCAGUCGGAGCAGCUCCCAGGGACAUAAAAGCCCUCAGCUAUCAGGCAACCUGUCAGCUCAAAGUGCACCAUCAGUCCUGCCCCCCCAGCAGACCCUUCAUCCUCCUGGCAGUGUGCCAGAGACAGGGCAGAACCAUUUGUUACAGCCCCUCAAACCUUCACCUUCCAGUGAAAAUCUCUACUCUGCCUUCACCAGUGACGGUGCCCUCUCGGUACCGAGCCUCUCGGCGCCGGGCCAAGGGACCAGCAGCACCAACACCGUGGGGGCUGCAGUGAACAGCCAGGCCCCCCAGCCCCAGCCCACGGCCAUGGCCUCGAGCCGCAAGGGCACCUUCACGGACGACCUGCACAAGCUGGUGGAUAACUGGGCCCGGGACGCCAUGAACCUCUCUGGCAAGAAAGUUGGCAAAGGGCACAGCAGCUACGAGGGCCCUGGAAUGGCAAGAAAAUUCUCAGCACCGGGUCAGCUCUGUAUCUCUAUGACAUCUUCCCUGGGUGCUACGCCCAUCCCUGCAGCAUCAGCUACCUCUUUAGGUCCCUUCAGCAAGGCCAUGUGUCCCCCGCAGCAGUACGGUUACCCAGCAGCGUCCUUCCCCCCGCCCUGGAGCGGCGCGGGGGGCUCGGCGCAGCCGCAGCUCGGCCAGUUCCAGCCCGUGGCUGCCGCCUCUUUGCAGAGCUUCAACAUCAGCAAUUUGCAAAAGUCCGUCAGCAACCCUCCAGGCUCCAACCUGCGGACCACUUAGCCGGGCCCGGAGCCCUGCUGGCUACGCCUGGGGACAGGACGUGGGGAGGGAGAUGGGGCCCUGUAUCACACUAGUGCUGCAAUGAACUGGUGGCUUGCCAGACUGGGAAUGAAUUUCUCUUUUCCAACCGUUGCUGUCGACUCUCUGUAGCGGGAGUUUCCCCACACGCUGGGAAGGGGGAGGAGGGUGAUGAGCAUCCUUGUGAUGGGACAGUGCUUUUCACCGGGGGCUGCUCUCGUGUGGGGAGGGGCCGUGGGCUCAGUUCAUACGGUCUUGCUGUAAAAUGUUUCUGGUUGGAGGCUGAAUCCACGCAAGUGUGGAGGCAGAGCUGAACCCUAGCAUGAGGCUUUAGCAGGCUUCUCGCCUCUUCCAGAGGAACCAAGAUCAGGAAAAAGCUGUCCAAAUCCCCCUCCUCUCCCUCUCCCCGGUCAAUCGUAUCUGGCUCUGAAACAUGAUGGGGCACACGAAUGGACUUGCGGUGCAGCCUGUGCUUGAUAGGUCAUUACUGCUUUAAGUAAGAUAUUAACAGCUUUGACUGCAGCAUUAGAGCAUUGUUAAAUUGUUAAAAAAAAAUUUUAAAAGUUCCCUGCGGACAUGUACUUACCAUCAGUUUUGAUGUGGAAACACUGUGAUAUAUAAAUGUUGUUGGACAACAGUAGUUUAAAAAUGAGUGGAAUAUAGAGGGUUAAAAAAGUUAAAAAGAAAAAAUGGGAAAAAAAGCUAGCUAUAUCCUUAUACUUAUUGGAGACACUUUAACUUUUUCCUUUGUAUUUUCAUUGUAUUAGAUAAAUAAAUGUGAAUGUAAAAUUGUAUAAAUUAAUGUACUUGAAUACUUGUCUGUUCUCCCAGUAUGCUUGCUGGAUAUUUUAGUGCCUUGGACUUCUCUCGCUUCUGCAGUUUAGCGUCGUCUUCCCAGCAGAGCCCAGGUGGGCAGAGGGCAAGCUGAGGGCAGGAUGUUUGUGCCCAGCGCCCGGGCCAGCUCCUGCUGGGAGCAGCAGCGGGCAGGGGAGGCACCGGGGCCGCGGCUCGGAGCAGUUCUGGGUGUGGGGAAACUUGUCCAGGCGGGCAGAGCUGAAGGUGUGGGGUGACAGGGGCCAGGUGGGCUGGGACAGAGGGGAGCAGGUGAAGCUACAACGAGACUGAACCAAUAUUGGCUCUGGAGGCAGGAGGGCUGGGUCAGAAACGGAGAGAGGAUGGGGAGAACGUGUAUCUUGGGGAAAGGCCCUACUUAAGAUGCGGUUUGACUCCACCUGCGAAGUGGUGAAGAUGUUUGGUCAGGAUGUGACUCGAGGGAGAGGUGCCAUUGCUCGUUGGCAUGGGCUGGUCUGCUGGGAUUGCUUUUCUUACCUUUUCUUUUGGUAAAAUUCAUUUAAGCCAGGAACAGACUGUCCUGGUGCAACGUCCAUUGCCGGCAAUGGAUGUACUUGAAACAGCCGGCAUCGAGAAGUUUCCUCUCUCUUACUUGGAGGAUUUACAAUUUUGUUCACUCUUAACAAAUUUCAAGCUGGUACCAGGACUGUCACUGUCUGUCACUUGUCACCUCUUAGUACCUGUACUGUAUCUUCUGCUUUGGUCAUUCUUCCCUUUUUGUAUUUAAGAAAUACUGGUUUCCUCUUCAAAGUCAAAAUAGUUCCAGCCAGUAUUUUUGUAGUGCUGCAGAAAGCUGUGAGGGUGAGGGUGCAGCUUCCAGGGGCUUGGGAGCAGCUCCCGGUGUCCUGGAGGCCGGUGUGUCACAGGGAUGUCACUUGUCCACGGUGGCUUUAAUUUCAGAGCGCUGUUCCCUGCUGGGGCCUCCGUAGGGAGCUUCUGUGCCUGCAGAUGUUCUCACGCUUCCAUUUCCACACAGCAACCUGCGAGAUCCUUUCUCUUCUGUCCCUUGUUUUGCAGCAGCUGUGGCAGCAGGGCAGGCCCAGCCUGGAGAGGAGCAGCUCCAGGCCAGGGUGGUUCUGGGGGACAGGAGAGGCUCCAGAGGGAGAGGAGAUGCUCCGGAGGCACAGGAGGUGCUCUGGAGGCACAGGAGAGGCUCCAGGGCACAGGAGAUGCUCCAGAGGGGGACAGGAGAGGCUCCAGAGGGAGAGGAGAGGCUCCAGGGCACAGGAGAGCAGCGGUGCCGGGGCUGAGGCCAGGUGGGCGCCCCUGUCUGAAGGGGGAUGGAUGCAGGGGAGGCUCCUGAGCAGGGACAGAGCUGAGGCAGUAAUGAGAUGAGGGCAGUGGUCGUGGCAGGGGAACUGGGCAGCUGGAUGCAGCACAUGGUUAUUUAAAUUUGAUCUAAUGAGUUUGAAGCCGUUUUUUCACUUAAUGUUAUGCAAAAACUGGUUUUAUUUACCAUUGAUUUUUGUUUUCUCCCUCCCUCUCCUCCUGUGGAUGAAUAACUGAAGUCUAGAGGAAUAAACUAAUGCUACUGAACUGUUAAAUUAUUUUGUUUAAUAUUACACUUUGAGUAUCUUUUUCCACAUAAAAUCUGUUUCUGAAUUACAAGCGUUUUCUUUACAUUAUUUAACAAUGUACACUGUAAAAAAUAAAAAUAAAA